AUGGUCAUUCAGCGCGUUUGGCGUAACCAACAGCAAGCUUCGCACAGUGCCAACACUGCCACCGUUGCGGCCUCCACAACCACUGGCACAACGGUAACGACAGCCUCACCACCAGCGGCCACAAACCAGUCAACGGCAGCAACAAGUGUGUCCGAUGCGCUGGAGAAUGAAACCUCCUCUGGCAGUGGAGGCACUAGCACGCACCACAACAACACAACACUUGGCUCCUCAAGCCAGGGAAUGCGACAGAAGCUUCACAAAAAUAUGCUCUCGGGUGAGGCAACACUGGACGCACUGAAGCAACGCUACAGCACCGGACGGUCGUUCAUGAGCCAAACGGCCAACGAUGCGGCCAUCAAAUCGUUGGAGCUGCUGCGCGCCAACAUACAGUACCACUUCGAUCGGGAGAUUGACACGAUCGUUCGACGAUUUCAGCAAACGUACUUCGUACCAGCGAUCCGUAACAUAAAGGAGAACCUCGGUGAGGGUGCCAUUUCGGACGAGGCACUGAAGAGUGUAUUCUGUACGCUGCUCGAAGCCUCCAAGGCACAGUACGGUGCCAGUCAGCUUUCGUCACCGGCUGGGAAUUCGCUUUCGCGAGCCAACACACCCGGCAUGGAGCUGAGUGAUUCGGAUUCCAGCACCGACAAUGCACCGGCAGUCGUGGGCAGUGGUGGUGGCAGUAGUGGUUUGAGUGUGGCCACCAGUUUGCUUCAUCAAGCACUGAAACGAAAGCUUCCGGAACCGAAUCAACCGGAUCUCUUCAAGCGACAGUACUUUCUGCACGGACCAAUCUAUCCCCAUGUCCACAGCAGCAACAACAACAGCAACAGCAACAGCAGCAUUAGUACAUCGUUCCGGGCUCCCUCAUCGACAUCGGCUGUUACCGUACCGGCCACUGUCAUUACCCCGGAAAGCCUCUUCAUACUGGACUUCAAGGCAGCCCGAGCCCUGGGUGUUCCGGAUUUCCGGGAACGGCUGGCCAAUCGGCAUCCCGAGGUGCUCCGUUACUGCCCCGAUGCCCAGGAUCGGGACUGGUUGCUGCAACAACGGCAGGUUACACCAUUGAACAAAAAUGGUCGCUUCUUUCUGCUAGCGCUGGAUGAUGUGCGGAAGCUAAUUGAACGAAACGCCUUCGAACCAUCGACCAGCAGCGGACCUUCUGCGGUUGGUCUGCAGGGUUUUAAGGUGACGGAGUUGAUUUACGCAAAAAUUCAAAAGCUACUCAAGGAGCUGACCGAACGGCAGCAGCGAACCACGGCCGGAACGUUCGAGUCUCCAAAAACACCGGCCAUCGCGUCGUCCGGUGUGGCCAGCGGGCCCACUCGUUCACGCUUCUCUUCCUUAAGUUCCUCGCACGCUACACUUACGGCACUUCUCUCCACACCACAAUCGAUCUCGAACGCACCAGAGUCGACGGCCUGCAGUGGCAGCAGUAGCAGUACUAGCAGUAGCGCAGUCACCACGUCGCUGGCUGGAUCUUCGGAAGGAACGUCGGAAGCACGUCGGAGUUAA